AUGAAGGAGCUAUGGGAUGCGAAAGGAUAUAAUGAUUUUGGCUUCUCAAGCCAGAAUUUGCGUGAUCAAGCUGCAACGCUGGAGAAGUCUUUGGAGCUGGGGGAAUCGAGAAACGUAUCAAGAGAUUCUGUUGCUAUAAACCAAAGCAAUUUACCGGAGUUGAAUAAGGACAAUUUAAUACAGGAUUCGCAAACGGGAGAGGAUAAUCGAAUAUAA